AUGAUGAUUUCGCGACUCCGGCUGUACCAGCAGCUGGCGUUCAACCGCAAGGAGCUGGUCGUCGAGCCGCCACCGGAGCAUGUCGACAUGGGCGUCGCGCCUGGCUUGCCGCGCUUCAUGAUCACGCACAAGGACGUGUUGCGCUGCCUGCGGGCGUACCACGGGCCGACGGUCGAGCUCUACCCAUACCGUGUCAUCCAGCAGUACCUCUACCUCAAGGCCAAGCGCGGGCUCUCGCUCCCCGACCUGGUAUCCAAGCUCGAGGCGCUCGAGUCCGAGAUGCCAAUCUACAUCAACACGUUCGCCAUGGUGCGCGAGACGCGCGGCCUCGGGCCGUCAAAGGUCCUCGAUAUGGAGUGGCCACCAGUAUACGACGUCGAGUGGCCGUCGCUCCAGGUCGUCCCGGUGGCCGAGCACGCGAUGUAG